GCGUACCGGAAGCGCAAUAGUUUAUAUCGCAGAGAAGUCUGAGCGCGAUAAACGUUAACGUUAUUUCUCUUUGGCUGUUUUUCUUUUCAGUAAAUAAAUAAACACUCAUUGUCUAUCUUUAAAUUCUUUCAAUUUCUUCAGCAAACUCACAUCGGUAUUAUGGACAGCCAGGAGGACACAGACCUGUGGUACACCCACCCAGUCUAUGCCCGUUACUGGCAGCAUUACCAGCAGGCUAUGAGCUGGUACCAGAGGCACCGGCGGGCUUACAGCAAGGCCAUACAGGCUGCGUAUAACCCUGCUCUGUACCCUGUGUUUCCCACCUCUUCAUGUCGCUACACAGACUGGCAGGAUGAAGAGACAGUAGACAGAGUCCCCACUCAAACAAGGAGAUGGAAGAAGAAAGAAGAAGGCAACCCGGAGAUUGAGGAAGGGUCUGAGAGCUCAGAGGAAAGUGAACUUGAAUAUGAUGUCAGCAAAAUGGACAUUACGGCCGAGCUGCGGCAAUACUUUGCUCAGACUGAGCGCCACAAAGAGGAGCUGAAGAGGCAACAGCAGAUGGAAGCAAAGCGACAGGAAGCCUACGUACCAGCCGAUCAGGACCUGCACCGUUCUUGGCGGUGGACUGCUGAAGCCCCUGCUGAGCGUCCAGGCGAGAGAAGGAGUGCCGAGAUGAAGCGACUCUACGGAAAAGAUGCGGCCAAGAUCCAAGGCAUGGAAACGGCCAUGCAGCUCACGUUUGACCGCAACUGUGACCGCAAGCAGCCCAAAUACUGGCCUGUAAUACCUCUAAACCUGUAGAGCUACUCCACUAACACUUUUACACAAUAGAGCAUGUAUCCUAUUUUUUAAGCAUUUCCUGUUAAGCACAUUUUUUUUUUUUUUUUGCCAUUUUGAGGUGAAUAUUGUGCAAAUGUAUUUGUAUUUAUAAUGAUAAGACUUUUGGUCCUGUAAAAAAAAAAAAAGAGUAUUUGUUGUUCUUGUUAGUCUAACCCUUUCAAAAUAAAAAAUAUUUUCUGUGGUUCAGUGGUGCAAUGCUAGACUCCAAGGCUCUCUCAUGACACUCUGGUAAAGCCUCCUUUUUCGCCUGUAAAAAGGUCUGUUCAGUUCCUUUUGUUAACCCCUGACAUAACUUUUUAUUUUAUUUUACUUUUUCCUUUGCUUCUCCAAAUCUAUGAAGGAAGCAGAUAUCAUAUGCAUCGAAAUCUCAGAGCUCAUUCUCACUAACUAGGACAGAGCUUCCAUUACAUUUCAUCAAUCCAUUUUUUUUUUCUUUUCUACUUUUCCUGUUCAUGGAUGCUCUUUGGUGGCCAAUCUGGCUGCUUGUUCUUGUAUGAUAAAGAAAGAGUUUUGUAAUAUAAUGCACUGGAUUAGGUGUAUGUUACUAAUGGAAUGUCUGAAUGUGUUAUGAGCUGUCAAUUGUUUGUCAGUUGGGUGAUUAAAUGUGCUAAUGUCAA